AUGUUACUUGCGUUUGCGGUAGGGACAGUGGUGUGUCAACAGCAUGAGGGCGCACGGAGAGUUCCCAAAUAUGCGGGGGAUCCCAAAACUGCUGCCAUCUUGCAGGAAGCACGUUAUUUGAGCGGCAAUGGAGCAUUUGGUGCAGCCUACCAACAAGAGGACGGCAUUGACUUCAAAGAGGAGACAGAUCCAGAUGGCAACAGACGCGGCAGCUAUUCAUACAUUGACCCCACCGGACAAAGAAAAACUGUGAACUAUGUCGCCGGCAAAAACGGAUUCAUGGCUAGUGGGGAUCACAUCCCAGUUGCACCUCAGCCCGUAGCGCCCACUCCAGGAUACCAACCUGAUCCCCGCUACAACUCGCCCGACUACAAAGCGCCUCAAUACAAUGCGCCCCAGCAGUACACCGCGCCCGCGGCCCCCAGGAGCUACGGAGGCAAACCCAGCGUGGAUGAUGGCCAGUACCAUCCUGAACUCUACGAGCAAGAGACCUAUGUAGCGCCACAAUCGCAAUACCAAGCUCAGCCACAAUACCAACCUCAGCCUCAGCCACAGCCACAGUACCAGCCGCAACCUCAACAGUACCAGCAACAACCCCAGUAUCAGGCUAACAACAUCUACCCAGGUGUACAGCAAGCUCAAUACAGUGGACUGCCUUCAGAGCAGUAUUCUGCUUACCAGCCUGAGACCCGUCAAUCCCAGCAAUACUACGAACCCACCACCCCUCCCCCGACUCGUUUCUUCCCCCCUGGCAAAUUCAGUCUUAACAGAGCGCCUGAUGGCUAUUCCUACUCAUUCCACAAAGUA